AUGAGGGCAGCCCCAUGUCCUGCCGGGGGUCACGAGAUCACCUACAAGCCUACCAAAUACGCCACCACGAGAGCCAGCGCGCAUGUCGAGGAUGUGGCCGUUCGUAAAAGAGCUGAAGUUUGCGACGCCCGGCCAGCGUCCACUCGUGCAAAGCGGCUUUGUAUACGUGACGAACGGCCGAUUGACGCUUACAAGGGCAUCGCGAUGAUGGAUGCCGUAUACCACACCAUAGAAGCCAGCUACUCAAAGACGCUUUGCAAGCCCAUCGGGGCGGUAGCAAAGCUCUACACCACCACGAAUUCGAUCGAGAACGACGUGCCCACCUCGACCGAUGUGGCCGCUGAGACCGACGGCGGGUACAACAUGGAGCAGAGGAUGCCCUUUCCUCCGUGCAACUUCGUCGACCCCUACACCACACAAUACCAGUGGGCCGGAUUCAAGACCCUCGCAACGAUGGUUGCGUUGAGAACCUGCAUGAAGGCUAUGGAAAUGACGAAGGAUAUCGUGGACUCGGCAAGCGAGGUUGAGGCGUCGUCAGGGAACUGGAUCCUAAGAAUCAUGGAGUGUACGAUCAUGGUCGCCGAGUUGUACAUCAGGAGGAUAGUCCAGACCUGGAGGAAGAUGCGCGACCUGGAGAUUCCCAUCCGCUGA